AUGAUGCACAACAUCGGCGCUGUCUUUCUCCUCUUGGCGUCCAUGGUCGACGCCAAGGGCCUCGACACGAUCCUCUCCAAGGCCACGUUCCAGAAGCUCUUCCCGAACGCGCUGCCCAUCUACCAGUACGAAAACAUGAUUGCCAUGUCCCAAAAGUACCCGGCCUUUGCCAACACGGGCAACGACGACGUCGACAAGCGCGAG